GCGCGGUUUUUUACGAAGUUAACGUUGUUUUAUUUGAUGAAGCCACAAUAGACUAAUUACUUUUUUGUCUACAGAAGCCAUCAAAUUUGUAAAGAUAAGCGAAACAAUAAGGCUAAUUUACGAACCAAGAAAAUCCGAACCUGUAGCUGAAUUCCUAUUUUGUUUGCCCGAUAAUAGUGCUCGAACGCCCGUUGAAAGACUCCGAAAUCUGAAAACUACUUUCUGUCAUUUGUCAUUGGUCGGCGUUUACAUUCGGCUGUGAUGAUUUAAAUAAUUAAUAUAGGGGUAUAGAAAUAUGUAUUUUAAUCCAAGUUAAUAUCUUUCUGGAUGUCGAUAAAUAAUAAGGUUUGAAAAUAAUUAUAUUUCACCAUGAACCUUUCUAAAAAGCGCUGCUUUUUCUGCUUUAAUACAAGGACUAUCUCAGAUACCAGUCGUGACAUAUUUAAACGAUUAAAAGGAAUUUUUAGCGAUUCAAGCACCGACAUAAUUGAGAUAGAAGACUUGCAAGAUCUGAACGUUUGCCCUGUGUGUUAUCACAAACUGAAGAUAUUGAGCACCAUCAAAGAAAACAUAUCAAGUUCAAAUAUUAAUAACAAUAACGGGUGCAUUUUGUGCACCUCUUCCGAUGAAGUAUUUGAUGGAUCUCAGUGGGAUUUCUUUGAAAAGAUUAGUUCAGAUUUCAAGCAAUUGUCCACUAACUCAAGUUCAAGAACGUGUUCGGCUUGUAUAUAUUUUCUCGAUGUUAGAUAUACUUUUAAAAAAAAAUUGUUGUCUAAGCAUCCUAACUCAAGGAAUAAAAAGGAAGAUUGUGAAAAUGGAAUUAAUAAAAAUAAUAUAAAAAACAAUAACAAACCCAAAGGAAUUGAUUUACAAUUAAAACCUUUAAAAUAUGAAAAAGAAUUGGUUUUACCGAAAUCAGUUUUAAAUGAUACAAAAUUCGUGAAUCAAGUACUUAUUGUUAAAUUGGAGAGAAAUGACUGUGAUGUAGAUAAUGAAUCUAGCAACACGCACAACGAUCGAAUAACUACUAGGACAUCACCUCGCACUUCAUUAAGGACACAACCGUCGCCUUACAUUAAAAAGCCAUUUUUUAAAAUCAAAUUAAAAGCAUUUAGCAGCGCUAAAAAAGCGAAACAAAUUAAGGAAAUUAACAUUUUGCAGAAUAUACAACUCACUGCUCCAAAUAAGGAAUUACUGAUUAAAUUAGUUCCCUUAAAGUUGCCAUUACAAAGUGACAUACCACCUAAUAGACUAGAAAAUGUCGAUCUUAAAAUUGCUUCUGAUUUGGGUGCUAUUGGUGAUGAAACAAAAAUGGAUGAAAAUGAAAUCCCUGAAAUUGAGAUUAGUGAUGAUGAAAUGACACUACAAAUAGUUGAUGAAGAAACCAAUACUAGUGAUCAAGAUGAAAUAGUGAUCAUCACUAAUGGAGGUGAUGAAAAAUCCCAAAACAAGAGUGAUGUUAUCGACGAAAAUGGAGAAAUUGGAUCUAGAAAUUUUGAAGAAAUCGGAUCUAAGAUGGAUGAAGAAAUUGGAUCUACAAAGAUCGAAGAAACCAAAUAUACAAAGAAUGAAGAAAUCACAUCUACAAAGAACGAAGAAAUCAAAUCUACAAAGAAUAAAGAACACAAAUCUACAAAUAACGAAGAAAUCAAACCUAAAAAGGAUCAAGAGGAUACUGAGAAAAACAGUGAUUUAGACACAAGUAACAAAAAACAGUUGUUGGUUUGUCUAGAAGAAAGUAAGAAUCAGCAGGCAAAUAAAGAUGAUUGUAUAGCCGGAAAACUAAAUACCUCCACUGAAAGUUUAGAUGUAAUAGAGAAAAACGGUGACGUUCAAGUAUCUGAUAAAGCUAUUGAAGACGAUAUUAAUGAAGCAUAUGCAGAAAAGAAAAAUGAGGAAGAUUUAGAUAGUGAUAAACGGGUCCUCGAUGAAAACGACUCUAUUGAAACGAUUUCACAAAAUACUGUAAUAGAAAACGAGGAAUACAACAAACCAGAAUCUACACAAACUAAUCAUGAGACCAAGGAUGUGGAAACCGAAGAAAAUGUAGAAACGAGUGACGCAGAACCAACUACAGAAGAAUACGACGUUACUCCAAAAACACAGAUCGACAAAGAUGAUACAGAAAAAUGUGUACUAAUAACUGAAGACGACGUAAAAGAUUCCAAUACAGAUGAUGAAGAACCCAUAGAAUGUUUGGAAGAUGAAUGUUUGUUACUAGGAGUCAAUACACAAACACUCGACAAAAAAAGCAGCAAUGAGAAAGAUACUAGUAGUUCAGAAUCUCUUGAUUCAAAUGAAAUAUUUGAAUCCAACGAAAUUACAAGUUUACUCCAAAAAUAUGGUACCAAAAAUGAAAAACAAACGGAUAGUGAUGACUUAAAGGAACCCACAAAUUCUAGUAAUAAAGAAAAGGUGAUUGAAGAUGCCGUUGAAGAUCAAUCUGAACUAACUAAAAAUCUCAUCAAAGAUGAUCUCAAGAAAGUAGAUGAUACAGUUGAAAAAAAUCCUGAUGAUAAUGAAACCUUCGGUUUAGCAUUUACGAUUUCAAGCGAUAGCGAAGAGAGUCAAAACAGCGACAAUUCUAAAACUAAAGAGUCUUCAAGUUUGGUUAAUAAAUAUCGUGAGAAAUUACCCGAAACGUCUACUAUCAAAACCGAAAAUAAACCAACAGAGGAUAGCGACAGUAGUAUUAAUGAUUACAAAGAUGAUAAAAAGAAAUUUGAAGUCAAGAAUAGAAUGGAUGCCAUUUUAGACGAAAAUGAUAAGUAUUCCGUAGAUGAGAUUGAAAAAAAAUUGGCUUCAUUUGAGAGCGAGGAUGAAAGGUCGAAUAAUAUGGACGAUAAAGAAAAGGAAGAGUCGAAAAAGAGAAAACGCGAAGAGGAUUUCUCUCCGCACGUAAAGAAGAAGAAAAAAGUCACUUUUGGGGAAGGUACGAUUUACGUCUUAAACGACGAUUCAUAAUUGUUUUGCAAUAAGUAUCCAAUUGCGACUAGAAUUAUUACAUUAUAUUUCAAACAGGUUUUUUUUUUGAAAUAUUUCGAUCGAAAUCUUCGUGUUUAUAUUGUUGAUUAGUUUAUAAAAUUAACUGUAAAAGGCGUUCUCAUAAUUGUAUUACUUUUUCAGUUGGUAGUCUAAUUAUUAGAAGGCAAAUAAUCAUGUUUAAGUCGAAUUGUUUAUUAUAUAAUAACUGCGUUAAUUAUAUUAAAUAUUUUUACAUACGUUUAUUUAAGUGAAAUAUAAAUUGUUCACGAAUGAAUAUGAUUGUUGAAUGUGUUGUAGUAGAUGGUAAAGAUAAAUUCGGCUUUCUCUGAAAAGUUGGCCAUGAAUAUUGAAAAUUGUGUUGGUAACAAUGAUUUGUUUAUCUACCUAAGUUGGUUUAAUUGUAACAAAAUAUAUUUCGCUAAUGAAUUAAAUAGGUACUGUUUUUUCAGUGUUCAGUGUUCAUUUCGGUUUCUUAUAAUAUGAGGUUUUGAAAAUAGUUUAAAUUUUUCUUAUCAGUCUCGGGUGAAUUUCGCUUUUUUGUCAUUUUUUUCAUGUUUAAAAGAUGUUAAAAAUUAUGGAGUUUGAAUAAAAUGGAAUAGCCUAGAAAUUAGGAUUCUACAAAUCAGUAGCCUAAGAAGGGCGAAUGUAAGUAAAUUGAAAUAUUUUUUGAAAUCACACGACUGUUGAGAUUUUUUAAAAUUACAAAUGUAUGCCUGUCAAUAUGUAAAAUGUCAAACGUCAAUUACAGGUGUCGUGAAUAAUACAC